CGAAAAUACUGAUCGUCACCCCUAAAAUUUAAUUUAUCAGCAGCGGAAGGCUAGAAGCCCCGAGCGAGACAGAGGGCAAGAAUGGAAGCGCUGUUGUGCCGGAAAUUGGGCGAUCCCACAACCGAAGAGAGGUCCAACUCUCCCAUGGUAUUGAGCAAGAUCCACCCAAUUCCCGAAUUGGAUUAUCCCACCGCAGUGAGGGUGAGGAUCAAAGCCACCAGCUUGAACUAUGCGAAUUACCUGCAGGUACAGGGCAAGUACCAGGAGAAGCCUCCCGUCCCCUUCAUCCCUGGCUCCGAUUACUCUGGGUUCGUCGAUGCCGUGGGUCCCAAUGUUUCCCAAUUCAAAGUCGGAGACCCCGUUUGUUCCUUCGCCAGCCUUGGCUCCUUUGCUCAGUUCAUCGUUGCGGACCAGUCCCAACUGUUUAAAGUGCCAGAGGGAUGUGAUAUGGUGGCCGCUGGUGCACUUCCUGUUGCCUACGGAACAUCACAUGUGGCACUUGUCCACAGGGCUAUUCUGAGCUCUGGUCAGGUUUUGCUGGUUCUUGGUGCAGGGGGAGUUGGCCUUGCUGCUGUUCAGAUCGGAAAGGUUUGCGGCGCCAUUGUUAUUGCCGUCGCUAGGGGAACUGAAAAGGCGCACUUCUUGAAGUCUCUGGGUGUUGAUCAUGUAGUGGACUUGAGCUAUGAAAAUGUUACCAAAAGUGUCAAGGACUUCCUCCAGGCUAGAAAGCUCAAAGGGGUUGAUGUUUUGUACGAUCCUGUUGGAGGCAAGCUGACCAAAGAAACGCUUAGGCUUUUGAAUUGGGGUGCCAACAUUCUGGUCAUUGGCUUUGCCAGCGGGGAGUUCCCUGUCAUCCCUGCUAACAUCGCCCUCGUCAAGAAUUGGACAGUGCAUGGACUUUACUGGGGUAGCUACAGAAUACAUCGACCUGGUGUUCUUGAAGAUUCUAUUAGGGAGCUACUCUCAUGGGUGGCAAGAGGCUUGAUUACCAUCCACGUUUCUCAUACUUACAGCCUGUCAGAGGCCAGCCUCGCUUUUUCUGCCAUCAAAGAUAGGAAAGCAAUUGGGAAGGUGAUGAUUAUUCUUGAUGACAAGAGAAAUGUAAGAUCUAAUCUUUAACUUGGUCAGGAUUCAGCUGGGAUGAGGUGUUACCCUUAGCAUUUGCAUGUCAGAUACUCCACCUUUUCAUUACUCAAGACAUUAUGAAUGGUGUCUUUUGUAUUAUCAUUAUCAAAUCGAUGACCUAGUAAUAACAUGAAAUCUAUACAAGCAGACCAGUCUCUUGCAAAAUAAAUAGGGAUCAUGUGUUAAAUGUGUAAGAUUACUUAUUAAAAAACUGUUUAAGAUGA